CGCCUAUGAACACCCAUGUCUGUGGUGCUAGUCUCUGUUCCUCUCAGUCAGGUGGAACUAAAACCCUCUGCGUCUCCAAGCUGAGAUCUUAAAUCUUGAUUUGACCUGUCGGAAUGUGUGUGUCCUACUGAUCUCACUCAAGUCGCGAUCAUCUGCAGGCCUCAUCAGGGAGAGAUGGAGAACGGAGGGUCUGAAAACAUCCUAGAUGACGAGGAGGCACUAUGGGAGAAUGUCGAGAAGAACCGGUACAUCCUGUGCCGUUACAUUAACCCCAACAAGCUGACAUCGUAUCUAAGGCAAUGCAAGGUCAUCGACGAACAGGACGAGGACGAGGUGCUAAACUCCUUACUGCUGCAGACUAAGACCAACCGUGCAGGUCGAUUGCUGGAUAUUCUUCACACUAAAGGCCAGCGAGGAUAUCUGGUAUUCCUGGAAAGUCUGGAGUUAUAUUACCCUGACCUGUACAAGAUGGUCACAGGCAAAGAACCCACUCGGAGAUGCUCUUCUAUUGUUGUGGAGGAGGGCCCUGAGGGUCUGACCCAGUUUCUGAUGAAUGAAGUGAUGAAGUUACAACAACAGACUAAGGCUAAGGAUGUGCAGCGAGUGGACAUCAUGGCCAAGUGCCGCACACUGGAGGACGAACAGAAGAAGCUUCGUCUAGCCAAUCAGGAACUGCGCACCUUCCAGGAGCGCUACAACAAGAUUAAAGAGGAGCGGAACAACUGCAACGACGAGCUCAUUAAAGUGAAGGAUGAAAAUUACCAGCUGGCCAUGCGCUAUGCUCAGCUCAGCGAAGAGAAGAACAUGGCCGUCAUGAGGAGCCGGGACCUGCAGCUGGAGAUUGACCAGCUGAAGCACAAGCUGAACAAGGUGGAGGAGGAAUGUAAGAUGGAGAGGAAGCAGUCUCUGAAACUGAAGAACGAUAUAGAGAACCGCCCUCGCAAAGAGCAGAUCUAUGAGCUAGAGCGAGAAAACGAAGUACUGAAGAUCAAACUCCAGGAACUACAGUCUCUCAUACAGCCUGGGCCUCUGACUGACUCAGACAAGGCUCUCCGGGACAUCCUGGAACACGACCGCCAGGAAGCUCUGGAGGAUCGGCAAGAUCUGGUGAACAGACUUUUUAACCUGCACGAAGAACUGCGGCAGACUGAGGAGCUCAGGGACAAGUACCUGGAGGAGAAGGAGGACCUUGAGCUGAAGUGUUCCACUCUGGUGAAGGACUGCGAGAUGUAUAAGAACCGCAUGAACACCAUCAUGUUCCAGCUGGAGGAAGUGGAACGUGAACGCGACCAGGCGUUUCAAGCUCGAGACGAAGCCCAGACCCAGGUGUCUCAGUGUCUGAUUGACAAAGACAAGUACCGUAAGCAGAUCCGUGAGCUGGAGGAGAAGAGUGACGAGCUGCACAUCGAGAUCAUGCGCAAAGAAGCUAAGAUUGUGACAUUGGAGUCCAGACUAAGGCGUCUCUCCAAAGACCAAGGCCUGGAUAUUAGCCACGAUUGGAAAAGUUUACCUCGAGACAUUAUACCCAUUACCAAAUUUCCACAAUCCGAACCUGCAGACGGCAAGUCUGAGGACUCCGGUGAGGAGCCUUCAGAUGAUCUAACCAGCACUGAUGCCCCACCAAAGAUUAAACGCAGACCAAAUCUCAAAGGGUUCCCCUACCCUCCGCAGAUAAGAGCGAAAUCGCCCAUCUCUCCGUCCAAAUUGUCAGAUUUCCAAGCUACUCUCCCUAAUGGGGACCUCUCAGACACCAUGAGCCCAGAUGCCCACUCCAUGAUUAUGAGCAGCCCCUUCGCCAUACAACAGGCCCGUAACAGAAACCACAGCAUCAUGUCCACCACACCUGAGCCUCCAGAGAAGGCCUCCAUCCUGAGGAGGACUAAAGAAGGAGACCAAGAAUUCCAGCCCCGAUGCCUUGACACAGUGGACUCUGACGAUGACAUAGAUGAUGCGGGAAUGUAUGGCCCACCCUCCAUCCACUCUUCUUCAUCCUCCCAUCAGUCAGAAGGGAUGGAUGUUUAUGAUCUGGAUCAUGUCAACAACAUCUUCAGGAAAUUUUCUCUAGAUAGACCAUUCCGUCCAUCUCUUACGUCCUGCACUCGUCCUACCACUUUGCCCCCAGUGCAAGAGCUUUCUCUCCAAGGAGACUCUCUGCUGUCAGACAUUACCCUGCUGGGGGGCAAUGACAGCGGCAUAUUUGUUUCCUCUGUCACUCCUGGAUCCAGUGCUGAAAAAGCUGGCUUAAAAACGGGACACCACCUUUUAUGGCUGAAUGGCUAUAUCCGUGGAGAAUGCCAGAGCGUAUCUUUGGACACGUGCACUCAGGAAGAGGCUCACUGGACACUUCAGAGAUGCACUGGUCCAGUCCAACUCCAUUACAGAAGUAACUUAGAGGGUUACAGGCGUCUGCAGAAGGACAUAGAGGAAGGUCGAGUGGUGUCGGGCGACUCGUUCUACAUCCGAGUCAACCUGAACAUCUCGGGCCAGUUAGACAGCUGCUCACUGAGCGUCCACUGUGACGAAGUGCUGCAUGUUUUAGACACACGCUACCAGGGCAAGUGUGAGUGGCUGUGUGCACGUGUAGACUCGUAUACGGACAAGGACCUGGAGAAGGGCACCAUCCCCAGCUACAGCAGGGCCCAGCAGCUCCUCCUGGUGAAGAUCCAGAAACUGAUGUGUCGUGGCAGCCGAGAAGAGACAGAUAGUCUGAGGGGACUUAGGAACACGUUGCAGCUGGAUGAAGUGGCUCCGUCUGACCCGAAGUGCAGUCCACGCCUGUCCAGAGCCAGCAUCUUCAUCUGUCAGAUCCUGCAGUUUGUCAGCAGGGCAGAUAACAAGUACAAGAGGAUGGACAGCAACGAUCGCGUGCGCAUCCUCAACGCCGGCAAUCUGUCAUUUCUUCCCAAACCCGGCUUUGAAACCAUGAAGCCUGAGGAUUCCACAGACUCAGAGAACGAUCUGAACAAGAGCGAUCUAAACUUGAUCCCGUACAGCCCGGUGACACCACAUCACUGCCCACGCAAACGGCCCGUGCUCUUCUCUCCCAACAUCCUGGCCAAAACCAUCGUCCAGAAGUUCCUCAACUCGGGUGGAGCCAUGGAGUUCAACAUCUGCAAGCCAGACAUCCUGACAAAAGAAGAGUUCCUCAUGAAGCAGAAGAUAGAGCCGAUCAUCUUCUCGAAGGAGAGGCAGGCAAGCACGUAUGAGUGCAUCACCCCUGAGAACAUCGAAGCUGUUGCUUUUAAGAGUAAACACUGUCUUCUGGAAGCAGAUCUGAGCUGUGCAAAAGAAUUGCUCAGGAGAGAAAUCUACCCCAUCGUUAUCUUCAUCAAAAUCUGCGAGAAGUACAUCAAGAAGUUAAAGCGGCUGCCUCUGAAGGUGGACUCGGAAGAGGAAUUCCUGAAGAUGUGCCGCGCUAAGGAGAAAGAGCUGGAAGCCCUGCCGUGUCUCUACGCCACCGUGGAGCCUGACUCAUGGAGCGGAGUGGAGGAUCUCCUCCGGCUCAUUAAGGACAAGAUCCUGGAGGAGCAGAAGAAAACAGUGUGGGUGGAGCAAGAUCUGCUGUAGAUCACCUGACCUUGAGAACACACACACACAGCCACAGAUCUCUUCCACUGAUCUCUGAAACUCUGUCGGCGUUUAUGGCGGCGCUGGAAUGUAUACGCAAGCCGCUGCAAUGCAAGGAGGAAGUGAUGCAGAGGUGUGUGGUUCCUGUGCAGUGAAAAAGAAAAUGCGGCCCAGGAAUGGAUUUUUUAUUUUAUUUUUUAUUUUAUUUCUGAAAACAGUCCCAGCCAGAAGUGGAAGCGUUCUCAUUCGAAGCAUUUUUAUAUCUCCACAAGUGCUGCUGCGCUCAAUAAAACGUUAUUUUGUUCACUUUCUAUGCGUAUUACCCAAUAAGUCACAGCAUUUUGUCAGAUUCCAUUCACUGUUUUUUUGUUUUUUUUUAUUAUUAUUAUUAUCUUUUUGCAAAUGUUCACCGCAGUUCUCAUUGAUCAUCCUGAGUGACCACAAACUAGAUGAAUGUUGAUAAUUCGAAACCUGAAUUUGAUGCCCUUAUCGUUGUAUUGCUUAAACGAUGGACCGGAGCUCUGAUUUAUUUCCCUCCAUCGUCGUGUUGUCAGUAUAUUUAUUUUACAGCCAACAUGCUGUGCAUUAUUAAAAAGGAAAGACUGCGUCGUCUCUACCCAUGUGUUCAUAUACCCAUAGAUUCUUCCCUUUAGGUACACACAUGCUGUGUAGUGAAUAGUGCGUUCGGGAAAUGAACCCAUGCAGCAUUAAGUUUGACUGAAUGAAUCGUGCGAGUGAUUCGAAGAGAGACGUUCUACUAGAGCUGUAACUUUUACAACAGUUCCACACACAAAAAAAAAGGGAACCAUGUCAGUGAUUUGCCUCUGAAGGCCAGAUGUUCUCUCCACCGUGAAAUUAAGGGCCCUCAAGCUUGACCUGGACUCCUGUGAUAACUUUCAUAUCAUCACAAACUUGUGCAAAAACAUUCAAAUGUGUUACUACCUAAUAUGUUGAUGGCAAGACACUACAGGUGUAGUCACAUCAGUCACGGAUAAACGCAUAACAUGUCUUCUCUUAAAAUGUAGCAACGAACGGACCAGAACCCCUCGCCAACUUUAAUGAACCAUUAAACUCCGCCCACUCAGUACAAUCUUGUCAUGUCACACGACCUGAAAAAGCUUUGUAUAAUAUUCAUCGGUUUUUAUGUCAUUACGAUACUCAAGAGUAUUUUAACACCCGUGUUUUUUGUCUCACCAUCAGAUUUUAUGUAGUUUUUCUGAUUUUUUUAACUUUAAAUUUAAUCUCCUGUAUUCUUGAAAUUUUACAUCUGGAUUCCUAUCUGUAAAUCGAAAUAUUUAAGAAAACGACAAUUUCCCCAAAUGUCGGUCACUGUUGUAUUUAUGUUCGAUUUUUAUACUAAAAUAUGAACUUAAUUUUCUUGAUUAAAUAAUAAAGAAAUGAGUCUUCCUUCCUGAUAGCGUUAUCAAAAGGUAACAAAUCUUUAAAUUCUAACAUCAAAAGGCUAGAUUUUUGAUUUUUAUCAAGUAUGCAGAUGUAUGCGUGUUUAAUUAUGCAGAACCUGAUUUGCAUAAAUAAAUCUUCUUUUUUAUUUCCUAUAGAAAAAAAAAAAACGCAUGGAAGCAAUCAGCUUGCAAAAACGUGCUUUGAUUGUGAAAUAUGUUUUUUUUAUUAUUAUUAUCACCUGUAUUGUCUUGCCUUAAAAUGAAUGUAUAUGUCUGUGUUUAAGGGAUAUUUAUUACAGUCAAGAGUUGAGAAUUUAAUUAUAGAGUAUAAACUGAGUGUAUAAACCUAUUUUUUUUUUUUCCUUUCCAGUCUCCUUGAGCAGCUGAAGCAUAGAUGUGUGUAAGAUAAGAUACACAGAAAUGUACUAUAUAUAGAUAAAACUGCUGUAUCAGAUCAAAUAUGUUCUGUU